AUGACAAGAUCAUUCGGCGCAACAGUGGAUACGCACCCUGCCAAACCCCCACAGCCAACCACAUUGACAGGCCGCUCUGUGCGCCUCGAGAAGCUCGACCCUAGCCACACAGAUGACCUCUACGAAAGCAUAGGACGAUCGGAAUAUGACGCACUUUGGGACUACAUCCCAGAUGGACCCUUCCCAGACAAGGAAUCAUUCGUGCCAUUCAUUGCGCGACUUUCCCAGUCUCCAGACCCAUACCUAUAUGCUCUGAUUGACCAACAAACCAACAAAGCAGUGGGAUUCUUUUCUCUCAUGCGCAUUGACCAGAAGAAUCGCGCCAUUGAAAUAGGCUAUGUUGUCUUCUCGCCAUUGUUGCAGCGUACAACGGCUGCAACGGAGGCAUUUUAUCUCCUUACGAAUGCCGUGUUCAAGGAUAUGGGAUACCGACGCUACGAAUGGAAAUGUAAUGAUCUGAACAAACCUUCUAUGAAGGCUGCUGUUCGUUUUGGAUUCAAGCCGGAAGGCGUCUUUCGCCAGCAUAUGAUUGUCAAGGGCCAGAACCGCGAUACAGCCUGGUUUUCGAUUAUUGAUUCGGAAUGGCCUGCUUUGGCUGAGUCUUUUGAGAAGUGGUUGAAUCCACAGAAUUUCGAUGCAGAGGGGAAGCAGCGGUCUACUUUGGCUGCCUUGCGGUGA